AUGGCAUGGCGGCCCAGAUUAAGGCCCAAACCCGCUGCCCUUGAUGUCCUGCAAUGCUGUUCCACGCGACGUCUGCCAUUGACCAGGCAUCUUGCCACUGAACAGUUCAAGCACGCCGCCCACACUGCGCCCGCUUGGAGACCGUCGGUUGCGCUGGACGAAUGGGUGCAGCGGGAUGCGAAGCCGAUCAGUCUGCGUCAAUUGACGUACUUCGGCCGUACUCUGACUGAGUCGCGGUUGCUGAGCUCUGCGAACUACGUACGCACCGAGCUGCCUACCAGGUACGACUCUCUCGUUCUCCCCUACCAAUCCAGACAGCGACGCCUUCUCUUCUCGCUAUCUCCAAAGGCUUACCAUGUCAUUGGCAACAGGCUGGCCCACCGCCUGCGUGAUAUGCAGACGCUGCCGUACGUCGUCCUCUGCAACCCGCACCUCGCACACACCUACGAGCUCUACUACAAGGCCUUCGAGCGCUUCCGACGGGUUCCCGAGAUCCAGACGCUCGACGACAAUGACCGAUACUGCAAGGUGAUCAAGGAGAUGCUGGAGAUGCACCUGUCCGUCAUCCCUCGUCUCGCCAUCGGCGUCCUUGAGGUCGAGGGCCUGAUGUCACCCGACGCUCUCGACCGCUUCAUGACGACGCUGCUAAAGUCGCGCAUCUCCCGCCGUGUCAUCUGCGAGCAGCAUCUCGCCCUGACUGAAACGUUCCACUCGCCAUGGCACUUUCCUGACGCCACCGUGCAGACUCAACACGCCGACACGGACUCUGUCGGGGAGAUAUUCCUGCGCUGCAACGGCAAGGAGAUCGUUGAGAGGUGCGCAGCCACGACAGCUAGCCUCAUGCGUGCAGCGUACGGUUCGGACUGUCCCAUCCCAGGCCUCAACAUCGUGGGCGACCCGGCCGUCACCUUCCCCUACAUCCAGAGCCACCUCGAGUACAUCAUUGGCGAGCUGCUGCGCAACUCGAUGCAGGCACUCGCUGAACAGGCACGCAAAACGGGCUCUCCGCCUCCAGAUAUUGAGGUCCUGAUCUGUGAGACUCCACAGCACGUCUUCUUCCGCUUCUCAGACCGUGGUGGCGGCAUACCAAAGGACACGUUGCCGCACCUGUGGUCCUUUAGCAAGGGACCGCGCCGCAGCGAUCGGAUCAAAAAUCUCCGCCGCGUGCCGCGUAUGGCGGCCACGAUGCAGGAGCUGCAAGCCGAGCUGGAGGGCAAACAUUCUCACUCCUCACCACACUCAGGCACCACCACCAAAUCACGCGGCUCUUCGCUAAGCAGGCUGACCAGCAGGCCGCCAGAUCUAAAACUUGGCAUCGGCCUGCCCAUGAGUAAGAUUUAUGCCGAGUACUGGGCCGGCUCGUUGGAGAUUCAUAGCUUGGAGGGAUAUGGCACGGAUGCAGUGCUGAUGAUCGGUAAAUUGGGCAAUCGAAAUGAGCAGCUGAGCACGAGGGCUUUGAUGGACUCUGUCUAG